AUGUGUUAUAUGGAACCUGACUGUGUCAGCAUUAAUCUUUAUAAACGAGUGAGUGGUGACGGAGGGUACAAAUGUGAAUUGAAUAAUGUUACUCACGAAAGACGCGAACACUACCUGGAGAGGAAGGACCACUAUUUUUAUCAUGCAGCUGAGAGCGCUUGUGUUGAUAACCCUUGCGAUAACAAUUCUACUUGUCAAAGCGGUUUUACUGACAGAGGAUAUCGCUGUUUGUGUACCACUGGAUUCAAAGGUCCAAAGUGUAAGAAAGAUGUAAACGAGAGCGCUGACGGAACAUUAAACUGCAGUGCUGAUGCUAUGUGCAACAAUACCGAGGGAUCGUAUCGUUGCAAAUGCAAAGCAGGAUUUACUGGAGAUGGACGGAUUUGCAAAGAUAUCGACGAGUGUGCUACAGGAAAAACGAACUGCAGUGCUGAUGCUGUGUGCAACAAUACUAAGGGAUCGUUUAACUGUGCAUGCAAACGAGGAUACUAUGGAGAUGGAAAUAUCUGCCGUUCGGCUUCGACGUGUAAGGAAAUUUUCGACCGGAAUGUGUCGCGACAAAGCCAAGUAUACCCGCUGAUGUUUGGUUCACAAACGAUUCCUGUUUUCUGUCACAUGGAAAACUUUGGAUGUGGGGAUGGAGGAUGGACGCUGGCCAUGAAGAUUGCCGGCACGCAGAGAACUUUCCAUUACUAUUCCCAAUUCUGGAGCAACAGAAAUGGUUAUAACUUUGCUGGAGGCAAGACUGGCUUUGAUUCCCAAGAGACCAAGUUACCAACCUACUGGAACACAUCCUUCUCCAAGAUCUGCCUCGGUAUGAAGAUUGGUCCUCAGCUCAGGUUCAUUGUCAUCAACAGGCACGCCAACUCACUGUUCUCGCUGAUCGCUGAUGGGAAAUACCGCGCUACCUCACUGGGUCGUAACAAGUGGAAGUCGCUGAUUGGUUCACGGGCUUCCUUGCAGCCUAACUGCAAUAAGGAAGGAUUCAAUGCGGCUGGAGACAACCUUCGUCUAUCCAAAGCAAGAAUCGGCAUCACGGCUAACGAGCAGAAUGACUGUGGUUCCUGUGACUCCCGAAUUGGUUUUGGCACAGGAGGUCUACACGAUGAUUCCAACACGUGUGGAAAUGAGGCAACAUACUCGCCAGAUAAUGGAGACAAACACAUCAAAGCCAUGGGUUACAUCCUGGUACAGUAA